AUGCCGACGUGCAUCAUCUGCCUCAGCGCUCUCAAGAACCCGGCCGCCCUCCCUUGCGGGCAUGUCUUCUGUCACGAAUGCAUAACCCGGCUCAUUCGCUCCACCACGCCUUACACCAGCAGCCAUCUCUGUCCAACAUGCAAGCAAACAUACUCGAUUGAGAACGUCGACGCUGCCCUAGUUCCCCACCACCUUCGUCAGCACGUCACUCCUUCCGUCCGCCUCCUGCAUCUCGAGUACACCCUCCCCGCCCCCGGCACGAAACCAGCACUGAGCGCACACGCUCUCACCGCCGAGUGCGACCGCCUGCUCGCGGAGAACGCGUCGCUCCGAACCGCGUCCUACGUUUGGCGCAAGCGCGCUGCCGUGCACGCGUCAGCGACCCUCGGGCUCUCCGGACUCGCACGUCUCGCACGCGACUACGGGCUCGCGAUGAAGAAGGAGCGCGACGAGAUGGAGGGCAAGCUGAAGGAGCUCCAGGAGAAGCUCGAGAAGCUGUCGGCGCCGCAGACACCCCCGGACACGCCAUCCGAGGGCAGCAACAGCAGCAGCGGCUCUCCAAAGUUCCCUCUUCACCUCCCGUCGUUCUCCGAGCUCGUCGCCUCGGCGUCGACCAAUGCCGUUCCACUCACAGUUCCCAAGGACCUCGACAUUCCCCCCAGCCUGUCACGCUCGCGUUCCCCCCGCGGAGUCGAGCCGCGCGUCCUGUCGCCGUCGCUAUACCGUCUUCCCUCCCCGGCGCUCUCCACAUCGAGCUACUGCUCGGACUGCUCGGACUGCUCGCGCGCGCUCGAGCAGCGCAAGCGCAAACGGUCGGCGGAGGUGACAGAAGAAGACUCUCAAGAACGGGCGGUCAAGCGUUCGCACUCGUCAUCCCCCGCGGACUUGGGCAUGGAGAUCGAUCACGAAACCAAGCAAGACGUCGAGGUUCCCGUUGCCCCGGUCCCGCUACGCAGUCCCGAGCGGACGAUCGCGAGCUAUCUGGAAGGCACGCUCUCGCUCUGA